CGCGCUUGGCCCUGCUUGGCCGCCAGAGCUCCGCCCGAGCGCGCGGUUCCCAAAGCGGAGGGAGCCGGCGGCGCCGAGGGGGCGGACCGACCUCCGCGCACCCCACCGACUAGGUGGCUAAGGAGGGGUAAGGGCGAACGCUCGGGAGCGCGGAGAGCCAGGCCGGCCCGGAGCGCGCUGGAGACACCCCGAGCGCCCCGCGCCCUGGCACCAUGCGACCCACUGCGCCUCUGCGCGGGCCCGGGGUUUCGCUCUCCGCUCGCUGAGCCCUUGCGCUCGCUGUCGCGGAAACUCGAAAAGAGGAAGCGAGACACCAAGAGCAGCGCGGAGACGGACUAGACUUCCCGUCCGCCCCCAAGAGGCUGCCGGUCCCUGGCUCUCUGGGCUUCUCUAGCUUUAUCAUGAGCCUUCCGCAAGCUUGGCUUUAGGAGCUCUCCAGAAGCCGAGGGAGAGUCGAGGCAAUUCUUUGGUUGCUAAGUGUGAGUGAAGACACUCAGGAUGGCUCAGGGACCUGGGGACCAACGGGCAGUGGGGAUUGCUGAUCCGGAGGAGAGUUCUCCAAACAUGAUCGUCUACUGCAAAAUUGAAGAUAUCAUCACAAAGAUGCAAGAUGAUAAGACGGGGGGUGUGCCCAUCAGAACAGUCAAGAGUUUUCUCUCCAAAAUCCCCAGUGUUGUCACAGGUACUGACAUUGUGCAGUGGCUUAUGAAGAACCUUUCCAUUGAGGACCCAGUUGAAGCAAUACACUUGGGAAGCCUUAUAGCUGCCCAGGGCUACAUCUUUCCCAUCUCGGACCACGUACUCACCAUGAAAGACGAUGGCACCUUUUAUCGUUUCCAGGCUCCUUAUUUCUGGCCUUCAAACUGCUGGGAACCUGAAAACACUGAUUACGCUAUCUAUCUCUGUAAGAGGACAAUGCAGAAUAAGGCGAGGCUGGAACUGGCAGAUUAUGAAGCAGAAAACUUAGCAAGACUCCAGAGGGCCUUUGCACGGAAGUGGGAAUUCAUCUUUAUGCAAGCCGAAGCACAAGUGAAGAUUGAUCGGAAAAAGGACAAGACAGAAAGAAAAAUUUUGGAUAGUCAAGAACGAGCAUUUUGGGAUGUCCACAGGCCAGUGCCAGGCUGUGUGAACACAACAGAAAUGGAUAUCAGAAAAUGUCGACGUUUGAAGAAUCCACAAAAGGUUAAAAAGUCUGUAUAUGGUGUGACUGAAGAGUCACAGUCGCAAAGCCCUGUGCACAUACCCAGUCAACCGAUCAGGAAAACCACAAAAGAGGACAUCCGGAAACAGAUAACAUUUUUGAAUACACAGAUUGACAGACACUGUUUGAAAAUGUCCAAAGUGGCUGAAAGCUUAAUCGCUUAUACGGAACAGUAUGUGGAAUACGACCCUCUUAUAACGCCCGCUGAGCCAUCCAACCCUUGGAUCAGUGACGACAUUGCAUUGUGGGACAUAGAGAUGAGCAAGGAGCCCAGCCAGCAGCGAGUAAAAAGAUGGGGCUUUUCUUUCGACGAGAUAUUGAAGGACCAGGUGGGGCGGGACCAGUUCCUACGAUUCCUGGAGUCGGAAUUCAGUUCAGAAAACCUCAGGUUCUGGCUGGCUGUCCAAGAUCUCAAGAAACAACCCCUACAGGAUGUAGCCAAGAGGGUAGAAGAAAUUUGGCAGGAAUUUCUGGCUCCAGGAGCCCCCAGUGCAAUCAACCUGGAUUCUCACAGCUAUGAGAUCACCAGUCAAAAUGUCAAAGAUGGAGGGAGAUAUACCUUUGAAGACGCCCAGGAGCACAUCUACAAGCUGAUGAAGAGUGACAGCUAUGCCCGCUUCCUCCGGUCAAAUGCUUACCAGGACUUGCUGCUGGCCAAGAAGAAGCCAGAAAGUGAGCAAGGUCGUAGAACUUCCCUAGAAAAGUUCACUCGCAGUGUGUGCUGCUGGCGCAGAGUCAGAAUGGCCGCUGCAUUUCACCCCCGAGGUGGCUUCCUUCCAGCAGUGGGGAAAGUCUCUGGCGGGCAAGCGCCUCACCGGCCUGAUGCAGUCCUCCUGACCAUUCCGGCUGCAGGGCCAGGGCCGGGGACCGAGGACCACACGGGCAGGCGGCGCUCCACAUCCACGGACAGAGUUUCCUUACGGGGAGAUUUGGUCACUGUGAAGGAGAAGGAGUGAGGGCAAUGAAGGGCAGCGGUGGGGAGACUUUGUGGGUGAAUGGGAAGACAGAAAGAAAGGGUUCACAGAGCCUGAGGUCGGCCUGGUGGAAGCUCCAGUUUACACCCUUGCUCCUAGUACAUUUGUGCUCUGACACUCGGUUCUCUAGGAGGCCCUUGUGUCUAACUCAUUCAGGGGAGAACACUUCGUGGGAUUCCUGUCGCCACUACCACUUAAGAGUAUAUUUUUACUAUCCUCACUCCUUCCACUAUCCGGGGAAUCACACCCUCCCAAAAACUCAAGAGGGAUGAGUGGACCCUGAGCACAGUAUUAUGCAUCACCUUCCCUGCCCUCUCUCUGAGGCGCUCACAGCACUCAUCAUAGUUACAGCCACCACGUCCCGGCCAUCACCUGCCUCCCCCCAUGUCUCUGUGACCACCGGGGUAUAACAGUCCAGCACCAGGUACUGCUCUCACAUGAAUUGUCCAAAUCACAUCUUCAGCACUAAAGCAACUUCAUGGAUUGCUUCACCUCAAGUUCUUUUGACCCCUGCUGAGAUCACCUUUUGAAGAGGUCGCCAAUGGUGUAGUGGCCUAUUGGGUCCCAUCGAAUGUCUCAAAGGUUCAAUGCUAGAGGAAGCACCGAUACAGAUGAAAGAGUUUGUUGACCAUCUUUAAAAAAUAUUAUUUCAUAAUUUAUUCUGUUUUUGCUCCCCUGCUCCUCAAUUUGUCCCCUCAUGUCUCACUCAAAAUAAAUGCCAUGAACUCAGAGGCCAUUGGGAUUCUGCAAGCCAAGGUGGAAGCUGUGAGGUCCCCAACCUGGAAGGCAGCUGGAUCACAAGGCUGGCAGCUCACACAUGGCAUCCUGACAAGUAUAACCAAUCCUUGCUGGGUCAGGGCUCAGUUGUGUCUGAAACUGGGACAAAGUAUACAUUGAAGGGACCUGGCCAGGGCCACAAGGUUUGCUUCCCAGUCCUGAUCUGAAGGCCCAGCCAAUUACCCCACUAAACCAAGUCAGUCAUCUAGGGGAAAGCAAAAACCUGCAAUAGAUUUAUUUGUAUUCCCUUUGUGUGUGUCUGUCAAAAUGACUAUCUGCCAACUUGGCUAUGAGGUGUAGGAAAGGCCCCGAGUCAGGCACCUGAUGUGUAGUAGGUCUUAGCAGACAGUAGCUAAUAACCAUCAUCAUUGCCGACGUCAUUAUUGUGACACCCAAAAGCCCUCGGACAAAACUGUAUUAAGUAACCUGUUUUUGAAUUCAGACACUCACUCCCCUACCUGCUUUGGUUAUCCUCCCUUGAUCUAUUUUUGGCCAUAGGUGAAAAAUCUCCCUUGGGAGUGUAUAAACAGAAAACAUAGAAGCGAAAACAGUGAUCACUGGUAUUUCUUUACUCACAUAGGCAAAUUCACCCGCUGGUGACCAAAGGCUCAUACAUUCAUGCCCCACCAUGACCCCAUCUUUCCAAUUCCACCUUUGAAUCCUUCCACACAGCCUUGUUCCCAGGGCAACAGACUUCCAUCCCCCAGGAGAGCCACCAUAGGCUUUAGGAAUCUUUGCUCUGGUUAUACCUUUGUGGGUUCCUAACCACCAUGCCUCAGUCUCCCCCACUGAUAGCAGUUCUUCUCUCAUCAAAGUACAGUGGGAAUAACAGGCAACAUGUGUUGAGUCCCCAGAGUCUCUCCGAAGGUGGCAAUAUAGUCCCAUAUUCCUAUCAUACACCCCCGUGCCCUCAUUCUAUGUGAUCUUGGCACAGAGCCUCACACUUCACAGACACUCACUAACUACUCAGUGAGUAAAUGGAUGAAGUGAAGCCCUAUCCCAAGUAAUAGGGCCUUCUGACUCCUCCUCUCUUCACUACACCCUUUUCAUACCCUUCCUCUUCAUAUAAAAGAGGACAACAUUGUAUUCUAAAUUCAUCUGUACCCAGUAUUCCCCAAAGAAAGCAUUCCUGCCAGGGACCCCUGGCCUGUGCUGACACUGAGACCUAGGGCAUGUGGACAAAAGGUGUUCCCAAGCUGCAGGUGCCUCUGUGCUCUCAGUUAUCCAGGGCAUGGGAAUGAUUGCCUCUUGCCCUUCCUCAUGGGUGGCAAGGGACAUUUUAAGUCAUUCUCUGCAGAGAGAGAAAGUUUGGUUUUCCCAGCCAUGACUUCUGUGCCUCCUUCCCCUGACUCCUGGCUGAUGCUCCAGAGUUAUGCUGGCCUGAGAUUUGGUCUUAUCCUGGGGGUCCCUAGAGGAUGAUCUAUGGCCAUAACAUGGGGCAGGAUGAAAGCUUCAAAAACAUGUCUGAGAACACCCAGAGGGGAGGAGGGGGUCGGAAUGCUCAGUGGAGAUAAGAACACUUCAGAUGUUCUUCAAAACCAGAGCAAUACCUUCAUACCCACCCCCCAACUAAGGCAUGCUCAGUCCUGUGAUCUCUACCACAUGAUCCUCAGUAGAUCAAGCAAGAGGCUUGCAAGAGGGGAGUAGAGCAAGGUUGUGACACCCAAGUUGACCAGACCUUGUAAUGCCAGUACAUUCGGAAAAUCUGAUCUUGGUCUCUUUCUCAUUGGGUUGCAGUAAAUUCAGAUUAGAUUAGACUUUAAAGUUAGUUCUAUAGCAGAGCAGAUUCUCCUUCCUUGUCCUGCCCCUGGAAGCCACUGUACAUUUCCUGAUUGGGCAUAGUCUCCAGGCCCAGGACUCUUCCCUAUGUGAGCUCAUAGGGCAAAUAUUUUUGCAGCCCUAUUGCCAAAGCAUCAGGACAGCUUUAGCAAGAGACACCUACCCCUCAGGUCAUUCACACAAGACGCUAGGCACUGGACAUCUAAAAUAUCGUUCCCUACAUGGGAAGAGUAAAACUUGUAGGUUGGCACAUUUAAAUACCCAGAAGCAACCAGAUGGCAUGAUCCAAGCAACAGGAAUUCUCUGGGCUGGGAAGGAGGCUACUGCAUUUCCAGAAAGUGCUGCAGCAGCUUUGUUCUCCUGGAAGGUGUUGUUAUAAUCCAUGACCAAAGCAGGGUCCAGCUGUGAGUGCAGUCAACUGGGCCUGUGCUCAAGGGCUCACCAGAUACCAGGCUAGCACCCUGGGAGGGACCUUAGGCAACUCUGAGUUGCUGCUUAGACUCACUGAACACAAGGGAACAUGCACCAGGGACUUUUGCCCUGGCAGGAUUCCUGGUAUGUUCAAACUACCUCGGCAAUAGGACACUGAACCAGGAGCCUGCCACCCAUCUGGUCCCUUCACUGGUUGCGGAAGUUGGUGUCUUUCUUACAAUGCAUCCCUCCUGUUCUCCAAAUGUGUGGGUUUCAAUAUCCACUACCCGGAAGCCUUCCCAGAAGGUGGAAAGUAUUGAGAGCUGCUGGUCUUUGGGCUUGUAGAAUGCACCAGCUGUUCACCAAGAUCUAAGAGCUGGAAAGCCCUGGGCUAAAGGAACAAUAACAUGCCACCAGUCUCUAAAUGGAGCUGGGAAAGUUGAAUGUGUAGCAAAGAUCAGGGAAUAAGUCGAAUAGUGGCCAAAUGAAUCACUAAUAACUCACCACGGGACCCUCUGACGAGAAGCCUAUGCUCACGUAACCAUGGCAACAGCAGAUGCCAGCAACCUACUCAUUAGUACCACCCAGUGAUAAGGCAUCCCCUGGGCAAGACCCAGGGGCCAUAAAGUAGCAAAGUAGCAAAUGUAGCAAUAAGGGGCCCAGGGCCAUUAAGGGACAGGGUCUAAAUGACCCAGUCUCAGCCCAAUCCCCAAUCCUGACAAGGGCUCAGAGCCAGCCGCUGUCAGCUGUCCGGGGAGGGGAGGCCCUGCUCCACACUGAGGGCUCCUGUUAUAUAUUCUAUGUCCAUGCCGCAUGAUCACAAACACGUUGGAAUGGCCUCCUCGUAGUGCAUGUGGUCC